GCACUUUGCCCACAGUGGUGAUGGCCGCAAUGGCGGCCUCGGCACGUGACCCAGACAGGCGGAAGCGGAAGUGCGGGCCUGGAGCUUGCGCUAGGUGGGUGUCUCAGCGCUAUCUAGCCGCCGCUAGCAGCAGACAUGGAUUGCUACACUGCGAACUGGAAUCCGCUCGGGGAUUCUGCCUUUUACCGGAAAUAUGAGCUGUACAGCAUGGACUGGGACCUGAAGGAGGAACUCAAGGAUUGCCUCGUGGCUGCUGCACCCUACGGGGGUCCCAUUGCUCUGCUAAGGAACCACUGGAGAAAAGAGAAAGCUGCCAGCGUGCGGCCAGUGCUUGAGAUCUACUCUGCUUCUGGCAUACUGCUGGCUAGCCUGCUGUGGAAAAGUGGACGUGUGGUGUCCCUAGGCUGGUCAGCCGAGGAGGAGCUGCUCUGCGUGCAGGAAGAUGGUGCAGUACUGGUUUAUGGGCUUCAUGGUGACUUCCGGAGACAUUUCAGCAUGGGCAAUGAGGUACUUCAGAACCGAGUUCUAGAUGCCCGAAUCUUUCACACUGAGUUUGGUUCUGGGGUAGCCAUCCUAACAGGGGCCUAUCGCUUUACACUGAGUGCCAAUGUGGGUGACCUCAAACUCCGCCGGAUGCCAGAGGUGCCAGGUCUACAAAGUGCACCUUCAUGUUGGACUACACUGUGCCAUGACAGAGUGCCACACAUUCUUCUGGCUGUAGGACCUGAUCUUUACAUCCUAGACCAUGCUACCUGUUCUACAGUGACACCUGCUGGCCUAGCCCCAGGAGUUAGCAGCUUCCUCCAGAUGGCUGUAUCCUUCACCUACCGACACCUGGCACUCUUCACAGACACAGGCAGCAUCUGGAUGGGGACAGCAUCACUCAAGGAGAAGCUGUGUGAGUUCAACUGCAACAUCCGGGCACCCCCAAAGCAGAUGGUCUGGUGUAGCCGUCCUCGAAGCAAAGAAAGGGCUGUUGUGGUGGCCUGGGAGAGGCGGCUGAUGGUGGUGGGCAAUGCACCUGAAAGCAUUCAGUUUGUGCUAGACGAGGACUCCUACCUGGUACCUGAGCUUGAUGGGGUCCGCAUCUUCUCCCGCACCACCCAUGAAUUCCUGCAUGAGGUCCCAGUGGCCAGUGAAGAGAUCUUCAAAAUUGCCUCAAUGGCUCCUGGAGCACUGCUGUUGGAGGCCCAGAAGGAAUAUGAGAAAGAGAGCCAGAAAGCAGAUGAGUACCUGCGGGAGAUCCAGGAGCUGGGGCAGCUGACUCAGGCUGUGCAGCAGUGCAUUGAGGCUGCAGGACACGAGCACCAACCAGACAUGCAGAAGAGUCUGCUCAGGGCGGCCUCCUUUGGAAAGUGUUUCCUUGACAGAUUUCCACCUGACAGCUUUGUGCACAUGUGUCAGGACCUGCGAGUGCUCAAUGCUGUUAGGGACUACCACAUUGGAAUCCCUCUGACCUACAGCCAAUACAAGCAGCUCACCAUCCAAGUGCUGCUGGACAGGCUUGUAUUGCGGAGGCUUUACCCCUUGGCUAUCCAGAUAUGCGAGUACCUGCGCCUUCCUGAAGUGCAGGGUGUCAGCAGGAUCCUGGCCCACUGGGCCUGUUACAAGGUACAGCAGAAGGAUGUGUCAGAUGAGGAUGUAGCACGGGCUAUUAAUCAGAAGCUGGGUGACACACCUGGUGUCUCAUAUUCCGACAUUGCUGCACGGGCCUAUGGCUGUGGUCGUACUGAACUGGCCAUCAAGCUGCUAGAGUAUGAGCCACGAUCUGGGGAACAGGUACCUCUUCUCCUAAAGAUGAAGAGGAGCAAGCUAGCACUGAGCAAGGCCAUUGAGAGUGGGGACACUGACCUGGUGUUCACAGUGUUGCUGCACCUGAAGAAUGAACUGAACCGAGGAGACUUUUUCAUGACUCUCAGGAAUCAGCCCAUGGCCCUGAGUUUGUACCGACAGUUCUGUAAGCAUCAGGAGCUAGACACACUGAAGGACCUUUACAAUCAGGAUGACAACCACCAGGAGCUGGGCAGCUUCCAUAUCCGAGCCAGCUAUGCCGCAGAAGAGCGUAUUGAAGGGCGAGUAGCAGCUCUGCAGACAGCAGCUGAUGCCUUCUACAAGGCCAAGAAUGAAUUUGCAGCCAAGGCAACGGAGGAUCAAAUGAAGCUCCUGCGGCUGCAGCGGCGUCUACAAGAUGAGCUGGGUGGUCAGUUCCUAGACCUGCCUCUACAUGACACAGUCACCACUCUCAUCCUUGGAGGCCAUAACAAGCGUGCAGAGCAGUUGGCACGUGACUUUCGCAUUCCUGACAAGAGGCUCUGGUGGCUGAAGCUGACAGCCCUGGCAGAUUUGGAAGAUUGGGAGGAGCUGGAGAAGUUUUCCAAGAGCAAGAAAUCACCUAUUGGCUACCUGCCCUUUGUAGAGAUCUGCAUGAAACAACACAACAAAUAUGAAGCCAAGAAGUAUGCUUCCCGUGUGGGUCCUGAGCAAAAGGUCAAGGCUUUGCUUCUUGUUGGGGAUGUGGCUCAGGCUGCAGAUGUGGCUAUCGAGCACCGGAACGAGGCUGAGCUAAGCCUUGUAUUGUCGCACUGCACUGGAGCUACAGAUGGGGCCACAGCUGAGAAGAUUCAGCGGGCCAGAGCACAAGCCCAGAAGAAGUGAAGAGUCUACCCUUUAGGUGAUUCUUUUAGACCUAGGACUUGGCAGAAGGCCUAGCUUCUCUCUUGAGAGCAAAACUGAGAGACUGUGGGGUGGGGAAGCCCGGAAUAUCUAAUUGUAAAUAAAUUUGGAAUACUAGA